UUGCUGGAGGCAUAUUAUGCAACGCUCAUUAGGCAGAUGUAGACGUUUCUGUGAUAUUGCAUUGUGGGUAGGUUUAGGCGAAUAUGUAAACAAUUGGUUUUUUACAUUACGUAACUAGUAAUACGUUCAUGCAACGGCGAACAACUUUGGCCAGUAGCCAGAACACCAGGAAAUUCAUUAUACAAACAGAAACCUUUGGGUAGUAAGAAUAAUGCAUGACAAUAUAUUCAGUAAUUCAGUAUAAGUCAGACUAGGCCGCUUCAGUUUGCAGCUGAGCAAAGCAAAAUGAAGCUUUUAACAAGCCCCAACUCAAUCAACCGCAAAUUAGCCGAACUGCAAUCUUACAUAUAGCUCAGUCCUUUACCUUCAGAUACCAACAAAAACCAAAACAACUCAUAGCCCAAACACCCUAUGAUAAUAUCUAUUAGAGACAAGUAGAGCCUUCUAUCGACAAACUGUUGUCACAGAUGAAACAAAUAUGCGCUAGAAAAUCUCAAUGACAAAAGAUGUUUGUAUACAUUAUUGGGUGGCGUUUUAAAGGUUGAUCUAAUAGCUGCCGUAUACAUCUGGGAUCUUUGAUUAAGUAUAAAAUGACGAAGGAAAAUUUGCUCGACAAAGCACAGAAUCUAUAAGUCUCUUUAUUACUGCAUUCUAAGACAAAUUAUCCAUGGUCUUAUUUGCCAUAGCAUUUCUGGUUUAACUACUCUUUCAAACGACUUGAUCCACCCGGCUUUGUGUGAAUUCAAGAGAAAUCUCGGAUUAAAAGCACAGGAUCACUCUUUCAAAUGGUUACUGCUAGUGAACAUAGAAACUGAUAGAUUUCUCUUUUAGUUGAACCAUUUUUAAUGACGCAGUAAAGAUUUCUUCAAAGGACCAUUGACCUGUCCCAUCGAUAAAUGGCGGAGACCUGCGACCUACUGAAUGCUCGUGAACAGUGAAACUUAAGUGUAAGAGGUUUGAAUGAAAAAACAAAGUCCAAUCAAACCGUACAGUCACAGUCACCAUCAGAUCAAAAUUGUGUAUGACAAGACUGAAAGUGAAGAAAAUUUCACUUUACUUCUGCGUGGGAUGCGGUGGUAUCAAAGAUCUAUUAUAGCUUGUUAGCCGGUUCGCAGUAACGUGGCCGUCGAAUUUGACUUCCUGGAAAAAGCGAUUCGUUUCAGGACUUAUUGCAGACAAACAGAGCAGUGCGACUUAAUGCUGAUAUCUGGUGGUUAAGGCAUUUGGCAAAUGAGAAUUUGGCACUAGGAAAAUAACAGAUGCCUGGCUCACUUUGGACUAGCAAAGGGUAGAAUUUGGUACAAGGAUACCAGGAAGUGGCGACAUACUUUCAUUUAUCGCGCUGAAAGGACAUGAUUUAGCUCAUUUUGGUUCAUAGCAGUUGAUUAUAGCAGUUGAUUAUGACAGCUGCUUUGUAACAAGGUUGGAAAGGUCAUAUUGAAUUUCAAUUGGAGCUGUGCAUCUGGGCAGAUACAAGCAGGGGAAUCGGUGAAUUCAAAGGAGGUUGCAUGCGGAAAUUAAUGUAAACUAUAAUGAAGAAGAUACACAUGAAGGUUUAGACGCGAUAAUAUAAAAAUCAAGUUGACAGCAUAAACAACGCGAAUAUGAAUACCACUCUAGAAGAACACUGUCUUGCGCUCAUUCAAAUUGGACCUCAACCAUCAGUUGCAGUGAGGAUAUCAAUUUAUUUCACAUCCAUUAUAAAUGGCUUGUCUAUGCUGACGGCCGUGCUCGGUAACCUAAUGAUCCUAUUCAUACUUUGGAAAUUCGAAAGGCUACACUUUCCAUCAACCGUAUUGGUUGCCAGUUUGUGUCUCUGUGAUCUGAUAAUUGGCUUGAUAGUACAGCCUUUGAGCAUUCUGAUUCGUGUCCUUGAAAUGAAGUACCACAGUAACUGCCAAAUGAAAACCGCCUACAGAUAUUUUGGUAUCUUUGCAGUCGGCUUGUCAGUUGUCAGUAUUGCAAUGGUCAGUGUUGAUCGAUGCUUGGCCGUCACCUUUCCGUUUCGUUAUCAAAAAUUCGCUCGAAACUCUCGUUACGGGAAAAUAGUCGCUAUUGUUUGGGUCACCUGGGGCUUACUUUCCGUUAUGCCUCUAAUUAAAGGUAUUCCAAUAACAAUUAGCUACCAGCUGUUGUUUGGUUUAGUAGUUGGGUUUUUUAUAAUGAUAAUUCUGUCCUAUUUUAAAAUCAUCAGAGUCAUGUAUCGACAAAGGCGAAGGAUCGCCGCGGCCGCACUUAUUACGCGAAGUAUUCAGUCAUUUGACUUUAAUCAAAAUCAGGACGAUUCGGGAGUAUUUCUUGGAGCAACAACAACCAGAAGAAUGCGCAGAUAUUCAAUUAAUAUUGAUAAUAGUCAAGCAAAUAGACAUUCUGAAGGUCCGCAAAAUAGAGUAGCAGCUCGAUCUUUGAAAUUCCUUGCAGUUCCACCGCUUAUUGUUGCCGAAAGUGAGUCAACCAAUCCCAAAACGUUAAAUUCAACGACAAAUAUAAUGUCUAGAGGCUCGAUACAUUCGUUGAUUGAUUCAACCAAUCUUUUAACUUUACCUUCAACGACAGAUAUUGAAUAUAGACGCUCGCUUAAUUCAUUGACUGAUUCAACCAAUCUACUAACAUUACCUUCAACGCCGGAUAUUGAAUCUAGAGCCUCGAUCAAUUCUUUGAUUGACUCAACCAAUCGCCUAACGUUACCUUCAACAACGGCUAUUGAAUCUAGAGGCUCGAUUAAUUCAUUGCUCGAUUCAGACGGGGACUUCAAAAUGCGACGAAAACGGGCGCAGUCCAUAUUUCGCUCAACACGCGAUUUUGCGGCAGAUGUCGUAAAACGAUCAGUAAGGCGGCCGUCGCAACGAAGUGGAACGAGUACUGUGGUGAUUGUCGUAACACUUUUACUUAUAUGCUACUUACCAAAAAGCAUACUGUUUUUAAUAUCUGGCCGUUUUCAGUACGCAGGAGAUGAUGUUUAUAUAGCUGACACGUUGAGUGACAUGUUUAUGUUUUUAAACUCAGCUCUGAACCCAUUCAUUUACAGUUUUCGAUCAAAAAAUAUCAAAGAUUGCAUAUAUCAGCUAAUAAAGAGAAAACAAGAUUCUUGGGAAUUGGACGAGUAAAGGCUUCUGUACCUUACAUAUAAUUGUGAAUGUUAAUAUUUUAUUCUUUGUUAUUUUAACCUUUAAAACACUAACAGCAAUAUAAAUGGUGUGAAACAUUAAAGAUAUCAAAAGA